AGAAAAAUAUGCUGCAAUCCUAAUACCCAACUUCAUAGCUUGGAUGUUUCAGGCGAUGAAUCAAAGAUUGCUUGCUUAUGUUUGGGGCCAACUGGAUCUGGAAAAACUGCUCUUUUGAAGAAAUUGAGUGGUAAUAAAGACACUGAUGAAUACUCUAGUACAGUACCCACUGUUGGAACAUCACUAACAACAAUAAAAAUCAAAGAACAGCAAAAAAUAAUCAUCCGCGAAUUGGGAGGAGAAAUGGCGCCUCUGUGGCAUCAAUACUAUGAUGGCAUCACUAAAAUAAUUUAUGUGGUGGACGCAAGCAAUCUGUGUCAAAUAUCUGCUGCAGGAGUGUUACUUUAUGAUCUACUAGCACAGCCAAAACUUCAAAAGGCAAAGAUUCUACUUGUUUUAGCGAAAAUGGACGUGUCUUACCGUCAAAUGCGUAAUGAAGCUUUGCUCAUGUUACAAAUAAAAAGAUUGGAGAAAGAGAUUCCUCAAACCAUUACCAUUUUGGAAACAAGUGCUGUUACUGCAGAGGGAAUGGAACCGAUGUUGGAAUGGUUGCAAAGCAAUGUGACUGUAACAUUCAAGGAGCCAUCCAGUUCUUAAAUAUUGGACUUUCACUGAGUGCAGAGAUACAUUAAUUUCUUUAGUAAGUCCAAUGACAAAUUGCAAUUAAUCAAUUGCGAAAGAUUGUUUUGAUACGAGCACCUACUGUUUUUCAAAGGAUACAAAGAUUGUACAACUUACAGGGUAAAAAUUGGGAAGAAAACGAAAUGGGUGAACAAGGUUAAACAUUUAUCCUUCAUCUACGAGAGGUUUUCAGAAAUUUGCCUUGUUAACCCAUUUCUUACUGUUUGCAGUAUUUUUAAUUUAUUGUGAAGUAGUAUUGUUUAUAAUUUUUGUCCUAAAUAAGAACAAAAUAGAUUUUGACUCAUUGCCUUGAACCUGACACCCUUCCAAGAACCAAAUUACAUGAACACUUAAGCACAGCAGCGUUAGUGACAACUUUUCCAACAUUUUCCUGAUUGAUAAGUUUUUCCCACAUAAAAUUGCUGUGCUUCUCCACAGCCUCAUAAAAAUUUUAAUGCUGAAAAGUUCAUUCUAAUAAAAAUUUGAAGGGCCGUGUACUUCCAGAUAUAAAAAUGCAAAAUUUGUAACCUUACUAUGGCUUGAUACAAAAGCUCUGAGGUUUGACACCUAAUUUUUCACUUUUGCGUAAAUUUGUUUGACGUUUUGGUUUUUUUUUCUAGCUCUGCAAGAGCAUGUCAUCAUGUAGUACGAAUUUAACUAAAUUGAAAAAAGUGUGAAUCUUCUCACUAGAGAAUAUCUUAAUUUGAAUUUUUCAUUAAAUACAGUGUACAAAAUUUUUUCUUGCCUUAACCUGGGAAAUUUCUAAAAUGCUUGUAUAAAUCGCAUCAUGCAUACUUAAGGAAACCUGAGUCAUACAUUUCAUUUUACGCGCCACAUAUUUUUAAGUAAAAAAAAAUACACAUAACUAA